UUUAAUGAGAAUAAAUUCUUUAUACGUAUAGAUAUAGCAAUAAAAUAUUUUUUGAAAUAGUUUACUCAUGAUAAAUUAUUGAUAAUAUUGUCAUUUUAUAUGUUUACCUUGAAACCAAUUCAGUCUUACUUUGAGGUAAAAGACCGUGAACAAAAAUUACAUUGUAACCUUAUCUUAUAUGAAUAUAUAUGUAUAUAUAAGCAACCAGAAACUCUUAUGUUUAGAUUACAAUAGAAACUCUCAUACAAAAUAAUAUACAUUUUAACUACUUUAUUCAUAAAUUAAUAAUCAACCAUACAAUAAUCUAAUUUUUGGAAGCAGCAACAUUUUAUAAUAAUCCGAGCCUAAGAUAAUAUUUAAAUAUCACUACACGAUAUCGUUUUAUACUGGUCAAUAUAAAUUCUAUAAAAUAAUAAAAUUCACCUUUCAAGUAUGGAUACAUUCAAGAAUCCACUAGAAGCAGUACAGCUUAUACCAAUCUUUAAUUACAUAAACAUACUUAGUGAUUUUUUAUUCCUUGAACAGUACCUAGCAGAAUUUGAUCAAAAUAAGCAAAUACCAAUUGUUAAUGCACUUUAUGAAUAUUUGCAAGAUUAUCAGAAUAAUAUACUCAAGAAAGAUGAAUUAAUAAGAAACUUGUUAAGUGGAAGUGAUAUGUACGGAGCAAAAGAAGACGAAUACGUUGACAUAACAUUUGUUAAUGUGAUGUUUGAUUAUAUUAUUAGUUCUAUUGUAUUUGCCAAGUAUGGUAAUGUUUAUGGAUUUUUAGGAACAAUUUUUUGUAAAGCAGAAAAUUUACAAUUUGAAGAAGUAUUAAAUAUAAUAAGGCUACAUCUUCAAAAAGCAUCUUUUGACAAUGAAUAUGGCAAUAGUUCGACUCUCAGUGAUUUAUCAGUAGCAAGAAUAUACAACGACAUAAUAUUACCUCUCUUUCCUGUAACAAAAAAUAAUCUUAGUUUAUUGUCGCUUGAUUAUAUUUAUGCACAAGCUGGUUCAAUGUUUCUUCGAGCAGCUAGAAUUAAUUCUAACAAUUACAUAAAUUUUGAAAACAAUUCUUUAUAUUUAACUGAGGAUAAUUUAUUUGAGCAAUACUUAUUAAUCGGACAUUUAAUUGAAAAAUUCUUUCAAACUGAUAAAAAGAAUUACGAAAUUUUAAAAGCUUUUGCACUUCCAGCUCUUAUGUAUCAUAUUUUCAAUUUAAAAUAUUUCUUUGCCUAUGAAAACAUAGUAAAUAUAAUUUCUGAUUCAGUUUUUUGGCAAGAGGCUUAUAAAUCUUUAUUUCAAUAUACAACUAAAUCUUUUAAUGACAUAAAUACUGUAUUAAAUAAUAAUAAUUUUAAUACAUUGACAAUAAAUUCGGCAGUUUGUAGUUUAUAUAAAAUUGAAAUAUUUGAAAGGUUUCUAAAAGAAGGUAAUAUACUUCAUUUUCUAUCCACAUUAGGAACAACAAUUCAAUCAGUAUGUUUAAUAAAUUUAAUCAGUAAAACAGUAGAUGAAAUUGUAACAGAACAAUCAAAAUCUGAUUUCUCAAUAAAAAGUUCACUGAAUAGAAAUGAAAUAUUUGAAAAUCUCUGUUCACACAUAAACGAUCCUGGAUUUUACUUGACAUUUAUAACUAAAGACAAGAUAAGUGUAAUUGAAGAAAUAAUUAAUUCUUUAAAAGAAAAGAUAGAUUUUAGUUUUACGUCAGUUAUUAAUAGUCUUUCAAAGAUAUCUAUUUUAAAAUCCAACUUUCACAAAAGCAUUGGUUACGUUGGUGAAAAUAAUUCUCGAUUUAUUUUCAUAAACACUUUAAAUAAUCAAAGUGAUACUGGCUAUGGUUAUAAGUUUAUUUUUCUAUCCGAUCAUAUGUUUGAUACUGCACAAUUAAGAAGUGGCCAUGAAUUUAAACAAAAGAUAUUUGUAUUACAAAUUAGAAAUUCGGAAAAUAAAACAAAAAUUUACAUUGCUUUAAAUUAUAAAACUUUUAGGACUGAUUAUCUUACAUAUGAAAUUAAUAACAAACUUUGGAAAAAAAACACAAGAGAUUUAUUUUAUGGAAUAUCAGUUCAAGCUGAUGAUUAUGAUGAGAAGUGUAAUGACAUUAGGUAUUUUGAAAAUACGGAAAAUGUUAAUCGUUGCCGAAGACGAAGGAGGUUAGGUAAUAAAGCACUUUAUGAAGAAAAAGCUGUAAGUUAUAUUGAGGAAAAUACUAAUUUUACCCUUAAUCAGGUACGCCAUAUGCUUGAAAAAUAUACAUUUCCAGAUUUGGAUACUCUAGCUUUAUUUAUCAAUGAUUUGAUAGAAAGCAAAUCAUUAAGAGAACCCAUAUGGAGUAGAAAAUAUAUAAUAGAGAAUCCUGAUCUUUUGAAAAAAUUAAGAUACGCCACACAUUUUGAGGAACAUACUACUAUGUCAGAAUAUGAUGGUGAAUUUAGAAUCAAUUCUCUUUACACGAGAACAUUAAGACGUCUAAUUGAAGGUGAAGUUACGAUAAAAAAUAUAAUUCAAAAAUACAAUGAACAGAAAGCAUGUUUUUCAGUCUCAUUUCAUGAUUACUAUGCAAUUCGAAAUUACGCUACAACAGGAUAUCAAAGAAUAACAAGGGACACCAAUGAAGCAAAACUGAUGAAAAUUGCAUUAUAUAAAUUAGCUAUAAGACAAUCUGAAGAUCCAGAUGAGGAAUUUGAUCUAACAUUAUUUAGAGUAGAAUCUAAACCAACUAGAAUGGAAAAAAUAAUAUUUACUGAAGACUACAUAACUUUUAAAAAAUUUACACAAGCUUCUCCAAAUAUGGAAUAUGCUAUGAAAUUUGCUGGUUAUCCAACAGCUGGUUAUAUAAACAUUGUGUAUGAAAUGAUAUUUAGUGGACCAUAUCUAAGGACGAAAAUAGAAAAAUUUUAUGAGAAAGUAGAAAAUAGUGUAAUUCUUUUACCUGGAAGUAAAUUUCUCAUUGAACAUUGUAAAUAUGAAGACAUUGAAGGUUUAGGCGUGGUUUUAAAAUUGAAGUUAGUGUUUAAUAAUACCGCUAAUGAUAAGUAUGUAUGGUAUUACAAUAUUAUGAAUGAAAUUACACAAAUCAGUUUCUAAUUAUAGUUAAGGGGGGAACACCAGUUGUAACUUUCGAAAAAUCGAAUUUUUUUUUUGUGCAUUUUCUUAAAGUAUACAUAUUUAGAAAUGUGUCUGUAAAUUUCAAAGUUGAUCCGGUGAAAAAUAAAUGAGAUAUACAGAACACUGCAGCGGCGCGUCCCGUGGCUUCAUACAAGGUGGCCAGCCAUACCUGACCCUAACGACACAUGGCCUUUUCCUAUGAUUUAGAAACGGCAACCACUGCGGAAGAGUUAUUAUAUGGUCCAGGAAUCGAUGACUCUUUGUAACUUGGAAACAAAAUUUCUCCUGAACAAAAAAAAGUAAGUUGAAACUUUGAAUGCGUUUUUCUCAAAAUGACAUUUUCCAAGUCGGUGACCACGAUUACUCGAAUACCAUUAAACCGAUUUAUUUAAAAUUUAGUGUGCUUCAUUUACACAUAUAAGUCUAGUUCGUGAUCGAAGGAUUUUUUUUUUUAUGCAAAACUUUUUUUUAUAUAGCUGAAAAUCGACCGUAUUUUUUUAACGAAAAUCAUACUUUUGACUUUGACAGGUCGACAAUUUGUCAAAUUUUUUUUUUUUUUUUAAAUCCUUCGAUCACGAACUAGAUAAUCUUAUAAUAAAUGUAAAUCAAUUUCAUUUUUGUAUUUCAGACGAAGUAUACUUGCAGAAUGCUGGUCACCGCAAUUCGCCUUUUUUCUUAAGGCGCCACUUCAAUGGCUCAUAUCUCCAAAAGUUUUUGUUAAAAAAAUUUUUUUUUUCUUUUAAAUUACAGCUUUUUACAUGUACUUUUAACUAAUAAAUAGUAUUCUUUAAAAAGA